CGCUGGGUGUGGGAGUGAGUGCUGCUGGCUGACACCACGGGCUGAAAAGGAGGAGACACAAUCACAAAACUACAGAGACAUGUCGGUGCUUUCUGUCGUCAUUCCAAUGUUGAAGGUCUAUUACAUCGGCUUAAAGGUGCUUCUGUAUCAGCUUUUCAACAAAUCAUUCCUACUACCAGUCUUUCCCAAACAAAAUGGAAGAGUUGCCAUAGUGACGGGAGGUGCCAGAGGGAUUGGUUAUGAAACUGCAAGGCAUCUGGCAAGGCUUGGAAUGCACAUUAUAAUAGCUGGAAAUUCAGAAAACGAGGGUCAAGAGGCAGUGAAACGGAUCAAAGAAGAGAACCUAAAUCAAAAAGUGGAGUUCAUUCAUCUUGACCUGACUUCCUUGAAGUCUGUUCAUUGGUUUGUCAAGACGUUCAGCGACAGAGGGCUUCCACUUCACAUUCUAGUCAAUAAUGCUGGGGUCAUGCUGGUUCCAGAGAGAAAAACGCAGGAUGGCUUUGAAGAGCACAUUGGUUUGAACUACCUGGGGCACUUCCUGCUCACGAAGCUGCUCCUGGACAAGCUAAAGCAGUCUGGGUGCCAGGAGUCCUGCGCCCGCAUCGUCACAGUAUCCUCAGCCACUCAUUACUGUGGAGAACUGGACCUGGAAGACCUGCAGAGCUGCUGUUACUCAUCACACCAUGCAUAUGCCCAGAGCAAGCUUGCCCUUGUGCUGUUUACCUACUACCUGCAGCAGCGCCUGACAGCAGAAGGGAGCCAUGUAACGACCAAUGCAGUGGACCCAGGAGUGGUGAACACAGACCUCUACCAGAAUAUCUGCUGGCCGGCUCAACUCCUCAAAGGCCUGGUGGCUGGGCUGCUCUUCCGGACCCCAGAGGAGGGAGCCUCGACUUCAAUAUAUGCAGCAGCUGCACCAGAGCUAGAGGGAGUCGGCGGCUGUUAUCUCUACAAUGGUCAAAGGACAAAGUCUGCAGAUGCCUCGUACGAUGAGGAACUUCAAAGCCGACUAUGGACUCUGAGCUGCAGCCUUGUUGGGAUUCAGGAGCAGCAUUGCAAGGCUUACUGAGUAGUCCAGUUCAAUCAUUCCAAAUGGAAGCUGACAUUAAAAGUGCUUUUACUUGGUGUUCUUCCUGCUGUUGAUUGUCCAUAAGGGGCUGCCCUUUCUGCUUUUGUGUAUAGACAAGACAAUCUUAUGUUGUUGUUGUCAGAGCAAAUAAACAUAUCAGAACAUACUGGCUGCUGUUGGGGAAAAAAAAAAAAAAAAAAAAAAACGUUAAUCCAUCCAAAGUCACUGCUAGGAUAAACAUCAAUCGAACCUUGCUAUCAUGUGCAACAUUAUAAUAUGAAUUCUGCCUACAACUUGCCUCUAUUGUAGCACAGAUUUACAUGAAAUAAAUUACCAAGUGAUAGCAGGGUCCUCAGAAACAACUAGGAACUCCUGGAUCUCAUAUUUAGCCACAUCUAUCAUGGUAGCAUUUUACAAAAUAUUUUCAUAUGAAGUAAAUCUAUAUAGGUACAGUGUUAUUCUUCUUCUUUGACUUGUGAGUUUCAAACAACAUCAAUAGAAUGUAAAAUCCUCCAUCUUCUACUGUUUUGUAUAGAUUAACGAUAGUUAUCGGUUGCUGGGGGAACUGCAUGAAACGUACCGGAUAGAGGAGGUUGCAGAGGCAAUCAGGGUUGCUUUUGGAAGUAAAUUAAUUGAAAGUUGCCAUAGGCCUGCUACUAGCUGGUUUUCUUUCUCUCUGCUGCACUGUGAACAGACAUAGCUACAAGCUUCCCCACAGCAAGUGCCUGUCAGUUCUUUGGCCUGGGAAGGGUUAACAGGGCACAUAACUGUGCAGACAAUAGACUCUUCUUAAUAUCCUGCCAUAUUGGAAAUGAUACUCUCAGUGAGAGUGCUGUUUCUAUAAAGGUGAUAUUGUGAUUUCAAGCUGUUUCUUAGCAUGCUCAUAGACUUCUAGCAUCUGUUUUUCAUUCACUGUUUUUAAAUGUGUCGAAGGGAUCCCGGUCACACGUUGUUGUUACCUAUGCAUUGUAUACUGCAGUUUCAUGAAUACACUACAGAGUAUGAUUUUGAUAUUCAUGCAUAUCAUUUUUAUAGAUCACCUCAAACUGUAAAAAAAAUCAAGCAUUACAGCAAAUCCAGGGCUUGAUAAGGAUGACAUUAUUUUGUAGAAGGGUUAUAAUUUAUACUUUUCUAAUCAAGGAAACUUUUAAAUAUGCUCUAGAACUGUAUCAUGGUUCUACUGGCAUUUCAUUUUAUAACCUGCUUCAUGUAUUAAUACCUUUAAUUAAACAGGCGUGUUCCUUUAUAUUGUACCACUGUAGUGAUAUUUGCUUUGCGAAUCUAGCUGUUAAAAUAAGAAGGGGAAUAGAUAUGGGCGCUAUAAGCCAGGAGCCACUAACGUGGUGAAAAGUAAAAUGUCAGACAAAAUGUUUUAAAUAUUUUGACAAGCACUGUGAUAUUCUCCUCCGUACUGCUGUAAGUCUUCAUUUAUAAUGCAUGCAGAUCUGGGGAUUGUCAUUCAUAACAUUAGCUCAAAACCCUGGCGAAAACAUAUUGCUUUCAUUAAAUUAAUUUAAAUUUAAAAAAAAAAAAAAAUACAUUCCAACCGAUUGAUGCACCAUUCAACUUUAAAUUGGUGCAGAAGUUACAUUGGCUAACUUGUGACUUUAUUUAAUCUUUUGAUUUUUUUUUUUCCCAGAAUAAUAAUAUUUUCUCUG